AGGAGGCGGGCGAGGCGGGGCCAUCCCUCUCCCGUCCCGUCCCGUCCCAUCCCGCCGCCGAGGCAGGAGCGGCGGCCCCGGGGCUCCCGGCAGCCGCCACCGCGGUACCGAGCGCUCCCCGUGCCCCCGUACCCCGGUCGCGGCACGGCAGCGGCGCUGCCGCCCUGAGCUUCAUGUUGAACAUGAGCCUUGUUAUGAUCAGUGAGAAUGUAAAGCUGGCUCGUGAGUAUGCCUUACUGGGAAACUAUGACUCUGCAAUGGUUUACUACCAGGGAGUUCUUGACCAGAUGAAUAAGUACCUCUACUCUGUCAGAGAUACCUAUCUGCAGCAGAAAUGGCAACAGGUUUGGCAGGAGAUAAGUGUGGAAGCUAAGCAUGUGAAAGAUAUAAUGAAAACACUAGAGAGUUUUAAACUAGACAGUACUCCUUUGAAAGCUUCACAACAAGAAUUACCAGCGCAUGAUGCAGAAGUCUGGUCUUUGCCAGUACCUGCUGAACGGAGACCUUCGCCAGGACCCAGAAAACGUCAGUCUGCUCAGUGCAGCGAUUGCAGAGGUCACAAUAAUCGCAUAAGUGCAGCUGUCAGAGGCCCUCACCGCCCAUCCUCUCGAAAUCCCAAUGAUAAAGGGAAGGCAGUCCGUGGCCGGGAAAAAAAGGAUCAGCAAAAUAAAGGAAAAGAGGAAAAGAACAAAUCCACAUCGGAGAUUUCAGAGUCUGAACCAAAGAAGUUUGAUAGUACUGGAUAUGAUAAAGACUUAGUAGAAGCUUUGGAAAGAGAUAUAAUUUCUCAAAAUCCCAACAUUCGAUGGGAUGAUAUUGCUGAUUUAGUAGAAGCUAAAAAGCUGCUCAAGGAAGCUGUAGUUUUACCGAUGUGGAUGCCGGAGUUUUUUAAGGGAAUUAGAAGACCAUGGAAGGGUGUGCUGAUGGUUGGUCCUCCUGGUACUGGAAAGACCCUCCUGGCAAAAGCUGUAGCAACUGAAUGCAAGACUACUUUUUUCAAUGUUUCUUCUUCCACACUUACCUCAAAAUACAGAGGAGAGUCUGAGAAGCUUGUUCGUCUGCUAUUUGAAAUGGCUCGAUUUUAUGCCCCAACAACUAUAUUUAUUGAUGAGAUAGACUCUAUCUGUAGUCGCCGUGGAACCUCAGAGGAGCAUGAAGCUAGCCGACGUGUGAAAGCAGAACUGCUAGUUCAAAUGGAUGGUGUCGGAGGGGCCACUGAAAAUGAUGAUCCAUCUAAGAUGGUCAUGGUACUUGCUGCUACUAAUUUUCCUUGGGAUAUUGAUGAAGCCCUAAGACGAAGACUAGAAAAGAGAAUUUACAUUCCUUUACCAUCAGCAAAAGGUAGAGAGGAACUCCUAAGAAUAAAUCUGCGGGAGCUGGAACUGGCAGAUGACGUUGACCUUGCAAAUAUAGCUGAGAAAAUGGAGGGAUAUUCAGGUGCAGACAUUACCAACGUAUGCAGGGAUGCAUCGUUGAUGGCUAUGAGAAGGCGUAUUGAAGGCUUGACACCCGAAGAAAUAAGAAAUCUUUCCCGAGAUGAAAUGCACAUGCCAACAACUAUGGAAGACUUUGAAAUAGCUUUAAAGAAAGUUUCUAAAUCUGUAUCUGCUGCGGACAUUGAGAAAUACGAGAAAUGGAUAGUUGAAUUUGGAUCAUGCUGAGUUGUCUUAUCUUGAAGUCACCUUACGUCUUAAAAGAGCUUCAGAAGUAGUUAGUGUGUCAGUGCACUGCGUGCUCUUUUUAACUUUUGUAAUUUAAGAGCAACAGAUAUCUAAAUAAAUAUUUUUUAAAA